CACUAGCAGUCAUCCCUCACCCGCUAAUUUAUACCCCUGCCAGUUGUGAGAAACGGUUUCAUUUUAUAACGUAGCUAUUAUCUCGAAUACAAUCUGCACAAUGAAUACUCUGAAUGCCUUCGAAAUCUCCGCCCCCGGAAAGGUUAUCCUCCAUGGAGAGCAUUCGGUGGUGUACGGAAAACCAGCAAUUGCCGGACCCAUUGGACUGAGAACGUAUCUCACUUAUAAGAAAAUAGUACAACCAGAAAUUAUACUCGACUUCGCUUCGAUCCCAUUCAGCACAACAGUAACUCUUGAAUCGUUCAACGAAUUCCUUCAACACUCCAACUGCCACACAGAUCUGCAACCGCUGGAGUUCCUUUCGAAACUUCGAUCUUCGGAAGAUUUCCCUUUCGCUAAAUUUGUUUCACCACAACCAAGCAAGGACUCGAUCAAGGAACGAUUCUCUCUCGGCGUGGCUCUCUACCUGAUCAAUCGAAUCCUUCGAUGCGAAGGAGUAAACUCACUGCCAUCCACCGGCUUUCAGCUGACAAUCAAAUCGGUGAUGAGCAUCGGUGCCGGUUUGGGUAGCUCCGCCGGCUAUGGAGUUUGCGUGUCAACCGGUGCCUAUGUAAUCUCGAAAAUAGUUAAAGGAGAAUUGACUGCUGCUAGUGCGAGUAGCUUCUCGCUUCAGAGAGGCGAUUCUAAAGUGCUGCAGAAAAUUUCCCAGUGGGCGUUCGAUUCGGAACUGAUCAUGCACGAACGACCCUCGGGAAUCGACAAUACGAUUUGUACUUAUGGGAAUUUGAUUAAGUUCCGCAAGGGAGAGCCAUUCGAGAGCUUGAGGCUUCGGCAGCAGAUUCACAUUUUGAUCGUUGACACGAAAGUGAGCCGAACUACCUCCAAGCUGGUGGCAAACGUGGCAAAUCUGAAGGGCAAGCAUUCCAAGAUGAUGGAAUCCAUUCUGGACGCGAUGGGGUACUUGGUGGAUGACGUGGUGGACAUUUUGGAGGAUGAACGUGAUCGAUUUGAAGAACUGCGUACGUUGGUGGCCGUCAAUAAUAACCUAUUGCGUGCGAUUGGGGUGAGCCAUCCCUCGCUGGAGAAGGUAUUCCAGCUUGCCGACUCGAGUGGAUUCAAUGCCAAGCUGACCGGUGCCGGUGGCGGUGGAUGCGCACUGGUGUUUCUGCCAAAGGACUACGAGAGUAGGAAAGAGUUUGGACAGCUGACGGCAAACAUUACCGAGGCGGGAUUCAACUGGAUGGCCACCACCAUCGGCGGCAAUGGCGUCGAAUUUAGGCCGAUUGAAUGACGGUUAGGUAAGCGGAAAAUAUCCAAUCAAUUUUCGCAGUGACAAUAGUAGCAUUAGUGAAAAAUUUCUCUGGUGAUGGGAUGAAAUUGUGGUAAAUGGUGAUAGUAUUCGGUUGUCUAGCUCAAAUAGUUGAGAUUUUUUCUCACGAAAUCAUGGUAUUCUUCGUUACAAAAUGAAAUCGUUUCUUUGUA